GCCAACAAAUAGUUGUGAAGAAGACGCCACAAGUGUCAGAUAGUCGUACGACGAGUGCGUUCCUCUUCUUGACGGCCGCACAAAAGCGACCUGGGGUUUUAUUAUUGAUCGUUCUUUGUAUAUAGGGGCCGGGCUGCACGACGUGGAAAAGCUGGCUCUCUCUCCAUUAGUGGGGGUCUUGCACACGCAGCUCACGGGACGAUGGAUGCAAAAGGGGAAAAGACGCGAGAGAGUUAUGCUGCGCUUGCGCCGGGGCGUUUUCCCAGUUCGCCGCAGUAGGUUAUCUACUCCCGGUGGCACCAAGACGUCCGGGUGGCUUGGCUUUAAUUUUUUUUUGUUUUAGUCCUCUCGGACAGCUCACCGACCUCUGAUGUGUGUUUCCCCCCCAUUUGUUUCCCUUUUUUGAGUUGUGUUAAAGAUUUUUGUUUGUUUCUGUUUCGCCAUUCGCCCGUCGUUCACCUGCUCUUUUCGUCGGUACGUAAUUAUGGGAAGGAAACCCACCCGGAUGACGUCCCCGUGUACAUGAGACAAUUUUGUGUCCAUCUUCUACCUCCAGUUCGAUCUGACAUCGACAUCUGGCUUUUUCGUUGAACGAUUGACCUGUUGUGUGUCUCCUGUUGUGCAACAUCAAGAACAAUCAGCCAGUCUCUACAAGACAAUGAACAGCUACGUUCAGAUGACUUGUUACGAUCACGGUGGCGUCGAAGAGGACGACAGCUCCAUCUUGACGUCGUCAGUCCCGACCACCGAAACCGCCAACUUUAUCAGCCCAACCGUCCACAUCCGCACGUUUCCAGUUGCCGAAGGCGGUGGAGUGGGCGUCUUGUCCGGAUGGGCUCGCGUCCGCAACGGCUGGAAAUCGCACACGGCGCUGGAGCGUAGCCUGUUGCUGGUGACUUGUGGACUGGUCACACUCAUGGCUCUCGUCUUGCCCGCUCUCAUCUCGGCCUACGUCAAUCUCAAAUCGAAACAGGACCUUCGUUUGCUUCACAUUAGUCACCGAAGCGGCAACAGCGACUCGGCUUCAGAUGAUGGGUGUGGUUUAUGCACGAGCACCGCUUGCGUGAGCGCUUCUGCGUUGAUGAUGUCUGCCAUGGAUACGUCGGUCGAUCCCUGCCAGGACUUUUUCCAGUAUGCGUGCGGGCGCUGGAUUCGCACCAAUCCCAUUCCGGCCGGAAAACCCAUUUGGGGCACCUUCGAUCGACUUUGGCAGGAUAAUCAGAUCGUCAUGAAAACCAUUCUAGAACAACCGGCCGAGUCUUUGAGCAGCGAAGCGGAGAAAAGAGCCCAGCGCUACUAUCAAUCCUGCCUGGACGUCAACGAGACAAUGGAAACGCUGGGUGGCAAACCGGUGAUUGACCUAUUGACUCAAAUUGGAGGCUGGCCAGCCAUCGAACCGUCCAACGCCGAGGCCGAGAAACGUUGGGUCUUCCAAGGAGCUCUUCAAACUGCUCACAAUGUCAUGAACAUGGGCGGUUUCUUCACCUGGGCCGUGGCUGAAGACGACAAGAAUUCAUCUCGUCAUAUUAUCCAGAUGGAUCAGAGUGGACUGACAUUACCCAAUCGAGACUAUUACAUCAACAAAACGGAAAGCGACGAAAUCCUGGUCGCCUAUCUGGACUACAUGACCAAGGUGGGCGUAUUGUUGAACGCUGCGGUCGACCCGCAAGAAAUUCGAAAGCAGAUGAAGGACGUCAUCGAACUGGAAACUCGUAUCGCGCAAAUCACCGUCUCGUCUGCUGAAAGGCGAGAUGAGGAGAAACUCUAUCACGCUCUCACCAUUGCUGAUCUCCGAAACCUAGCUCCAUUCCUCGAUUGGAAUGCCUACUUUCAAUCGGCCUUUUCUCAAGUCAACAUCACACUCACGCCGAACCACCCGGUGGUCGUCUUCUCGCCAGACUUUCUGCGCAAUCUCUCUGUAAUCAUUGAAGAACUAGUGACCAAUGACAGAGGCAAAAGGAUGCUCCACAACUACAUGGGAUGGCACGUCGUCCGCUCAUACCUGUCCUACUUGCCAAAGGCGUUCCGAGAAGCGGGCAAGAUCUUGCGAAAGUUGCUGAUGGGCUCGGACGGCAACGAGGAAACUUGGCGCUCCUGCGUGACGGACACCAAUAGCGUGCUGGGCUUCGCCGUCGGCGCCAUGUUCGUCAAACAAAACUUCCACGGCGAGUCGAAACCGCUGGCCGAAAACAUGAUCGCUGCCGUCAAAGAAGCUUUUAAAAAUAAUUUCGAUAACCUGGACUGGAUGGACGACGAGACCCGACUGGCGGCCAGAGAUAAGGCCGACGCCAUCACUGAUAUGAUAGGUUACCCCAAGUUUAUUCUGAAUCCGGAAGAGCUGGAUGAGCUCUACGGCGACUUGAAAAUCGAAUCAAACGAAUACUUCCUGAACAACGUCCGCUCCAAUCAGUUUGCCCUGCGCCAAAAUCUAAUUAAACUCAACGAACCCGUCAACAAAACACUAUGGGGAAUGACGCCGUCGAUGGUCAACGCUUACUACACUCCCAACAAGAAUCAAAUCGUUUUCCCCGCCGGUAUUCUCCAGCAGCCGUUCUUUGAUAAUUCAUUUCCUUACGCACUCAAUUUCGGCGCCAUGGGCGUCGUGAUGGGACACGAAUUGACGCACGCGUUCGACGACCAGGGCAGAGAAUUUGACCGCAACGGCGACUUGGCCCCGUGGUGGAAUAAUGCCACGAUCGAACGUUUCCAGAAACGCACCGAGUGUCUCAUUCAACAAUAUUCUUCCUACACGAUCAACGGUCAACCUCUAAACGGGAAACAAACAUUAGGUGAAAAUAUAGCUGAUAAUGGCGGGUUAAAAGCUGCUUUUCACGCUUUCGACAAUUGGUCGUCUACUCGCGACGAGGAGCUUCUACUACCCGGACUCAAUUUGACAAGAAACCAACUGUUUUUCCUAGCAUUCGCUCAGGUUUGGUGCUCAUCGAGCACAAAGGAAGCCCUCCAUCUGCAGAUAUUGAACGAUCCACAUUCGCCAGCCCGUUAUCGAGUGAUAGGACCUGUGUCCAAUAUGCCUGAAUUCUCGUCAGUUUUUAAAUGCCAGCCGGACACUCCGAUGAACCCGAAAAAUAAAUGUGAAAUUUGGUAGUUAUACUUCCGUGGGUUCAUAAAAACGACCUAAUCAGAAAUACGUUUUUGGGACAAAUCUUUGACGCAACUACAUUUAUCUUCCCUCUUAUUGUGUUUGAUCUUGGUGUUAAUAUUUAUUAUGUGGACAAAACUAUACCCCUUGCCAAACCAAAUCAUAUCAUAAAAAAAAUGAUGUGUCGUCGUCCAUGAUCUCCCAAUAUCAGUCGUGGGGUUUCAUUAUAAUCUUACGUGUUUUCCGUUUUAAAAAAAUCAUUAUCUCUCAUGGCCGAUUUUAAUAUUACUAUUCUGUAAUAUCCACGAUGAAUCAAAAGAAAAAUAAUGAAUACAGCUUAAAAAAACGCCAA